AUGGCCAUGGAGAUCCUCCCUCAGGAAGUCGUCGACCAGAUCGCAUCAAAUUUACACCGACCCGACCUCAAGAACCUACUACUACUGUCACCUAAGCUCCGCACCGCGGCGGAGAAAUACUCUGAUGGCUUCACAGAUUGCACUCUGCGAGUGCGUGAUCUCUGUGAAUUUGAAGACAAGUUCCGCGGUCCGCGCUUCUGCUGGCUGCGGAAGCUGGAGUAUAAGCUGGUGUUGCUACCCCAACGACUGCCGAACAGGAUUCGCUCAACGACAGACAACACCGCGGAAGCGAAGCGCAACGCGGAGUAUCUUUCUAGUCAGAUCCAUCAGCUCUUUGAUUGCCUGAAGAACCUCGAAGAGCAUGAUGGCCCGCAAAGCACGAUAGAUCUUGCAAUCACCAGCCCUGAGACGCGUGAGACGGAGAUUAGAAUACCAGAAGCAUGGCUCAUACGGCUUCUUGACUCAGACCGGCUACCAACGCUCACAUCUAUCGGUUCUCUUCACCUGGGAUCGUCUCCGACUCAGCGGCAGUCGAACUACUUUAGCAGAUUCGAUCUCAGAGCAACGCUAGAUCUUUCGCUAAAACUCCCAGGCAUCGAGAGCAUAAGUGCCGACCUCUUUGAUGAGCACAACUGCGAUGCUGAAAUCGAUCGGAUCCGCGUCCAUGGGCGAGAAGAUUUUGCGAGGGUCGCCAAGAGCAUGUCGCUGCAGACAAGGAAAGCCGAGUUGAGAUUCCAGAGCCGGAAAGCGCAUCAACUUCUCGACCACGAUGCUGCGAUGCCGAAGCUUAUCCUCUCAGGGCCGUCCGACUCCUUUAGCUCAAGUCUUAGACUUCUCUGCCAAAACCUCACCCAACUUCGACUAAGUGCUAUUAUUGAUCAUUCUUUCUUCUGGCCCGAGGAUGACAAUGGUUCAGUCUGGCCCAAUCUGGAGUCUCUGGAGGUCAAGUUCCACCCAGUCACUCCAUUCGGAUCCUGGUAUUUCAUGGGGCCCCGUGGAGAAGGCAAGGACGUGCUGGGAUACCCUGUUGAAGGCGUGAAACCGUCAGGAUGGCGUCUCAAGCCCAAUCCAGACACUUUGUAUCCGCUGCUCACCGCGUUCGCCAAGUCAGCAGCCAAGAUGCCUCGCUUGAGAGAGGCUAUGAUAUGGUCACCAAUCUGGUGGUACCUAGGAGAUCACGUCUCGUCCAGGUUCUCAUACAACAAAGCCUUCGACAUGAUGAAUAGCCAGAAGUCACUCGGUUGGGGGAUUGGGUACACGGCACCGGAUGCCGACGAGAACUCGGGCUCUGUGGAGUCCGAUGAUGAUGACGUUCGGCUCUUUGAGUGGAGAACCGGCAGCUGGGAGGCAGAUGAGACGUUAAAACAGCUGUUCCACAACAUUGGUCGCGAGAGAUACGGUGAUGACUUUGAAGACGAUUGGGAUCCAGACGCAAAUCAGGAAGAUUUGUUUUUUGAGGAUUUCUGCCAAGGCGAAAGAAAUGUGUGA